AUGUCAGUUGGUGAUGUGUUGGAAGCAGGAAAAACAGGGACGCAUAAAGAUGUGAUUGACUUUGAUCAGGACCAAAUUGUGAUAGCUGGAUUACUGAGCCAGAAUAUAACUAAGAAGCUGACAGAAGAAAAUAAGCAGCUUCUUAUUCAGUCUUUUGAGCAGAUGCAGAAAGUGGAAGAAUUCAAUGAUUGUUUGAAACACAGUAACAAGGAGAGCAAAGCCCAGAAAAGCAGAAAGUUGGACUUCUUGAAUGAGGUGGAGUACAGUGAUGUUGAUAAAGAGAGAACCAUCAAGGAGCUGCGAGCCGCACAUGCUGAGACCAUCCAGGAGCUACAGAAGACCAGAAACUUACUGGACAUUGAGAGCAAGAUCAAUAAAGACUACAAGGUGGAGGUUGAAGAAGUGUUAAGGAAGUGAGACAGUGACAAAAUGGAGUAUGAACAGAAGUUGAAACAUCAAACCCAACUACUUGACAUGAAGGACAUUACGAU